CAAUUAAUAAACUUUCGACCACUCUUACCGAUUUGGCAAUUUGAAUGAUAUUUACUCUCAAAAUCCCAAAUCAUAGUGCUUUGCAUCCUCAUCCUAAGUAAAUCUUGUGAUAUGACUUUUCGAACACAAAAAUGAUUUGAAUUUGUUUAAUUUCACGACAGGAAAUUUGAAAACAUCCCGUGCAUGGCUCAAAUCAAGGUUUAAACUCACUUUAAAUCGGUCGGACGGGUAUCGUCUUUAUUUCAACAACCAGCGGAUUUAAAUUCACUCCAUAAUGGUCUCCGAAGGGAUCAAAGAGUCUCAUGAUCGAGCUAAUUACUUGCCGCUGAUUGAUAGCGAUACCUGUGACCCCCAAUUAGAUAACAAUCACCCUUUGGGGGUCGAUUUCUCCGUGUCAAACUACAACAACAACCUUUCAUACCAAUACGGGCUCAACGAAAGGGGCCUGAAAUUCGAAGAUAAUCCAAACUUUAAAAUGGAUUUGUGUGAAGAUGGUAAUAAAAACUACAGGAAAGAGAGAACACCGACUAAGAACUCGAACGGAAACUCGUCCCGAAGCUGGUCGACUCCUCGGCUGUUUCCCUCCUAUAGACUGUACGUGGCUUUGAUGACGUCACUGGCUAUGUUUCUCGGGUACGCUUUGUUGACUAACUUCAGUGUGGCGAUUGUGAAGAUGGCGUAUCAGAAGCCGACUACGAUAGAGGGGUCUACUUCCUGCAUCGCAUAUGUGAACCAAACAACUUCUAGCUCCAACAGUCUCCAAGGUGGUGACUUCUCGUGGUCCCCUGAAUUGCAGGGGGUGCUUCUCUCCUCUUACUACUACGGGUACGCCGCCGGACAAGUGCCGGGGGGUGUAAUCGCCGGCAAAUAUGGAGGCAAGAAGGUCAUGGGAAUGUCCAUGCUCAUUUCAGGAAUGGCUACAUUAUUAACACACGUCGCUGCGAUCUCAAACGUAGCGUUUCUCAUCGUGCUUCGGAUCUUCAUUGGACUCUCGGCUGGCGCCAACUACCCGUCGGCUAUGGUUCUUAUGGGCUACUGGAGCUACGACAAUGAAAACACACUUCUCGUUGCGCUGGCGACAACCGGGGCCAAAAUAGCCCCGGUGGUGUCCCAAAUAGCGAGUGGGUUCCUGGCGGACUUCGACUUCCUCGGUGGGUGGCCUCUGGUCUUCUACUUCUGGGGUAUCCUGACAUGUGUCUUUGUGCCCAUUUGGUUCCUGUCUGUGAAAGAGAAGCCAGAUGAUCUGCCAGUUACUGAAGAUGGACUGGAUUCUUCUCUCACUAGGAAAGAGUUAUCUCUGUCGAUUGACUUCAGCAAAGAAAUUCCCUGGAGGAACAUUUGCACUAGUAUCAACGUAUGGAGUUCCUGCGUGCUGAUGUUUUGCACUGACUUUAUGUACACCCUUCUUCUAACUGUGGUGCCCAGCUACCUGUCUUACGUGUUGGGAUUCGACGUCCAUCUGAGUGGCAUAUACGCCGCCUUACCACAUGUUUUCUGCACAGUGUUCAGUAUUCUAUGCUCGUAUUUCACCGACUUAGCUCGAUCUAAUCUAAACUGGAAAACGAUCAACAUCAGGAAAAUGUUUGUAGUUUUCGGGGGAGUGACCGCCGCCAUAUUCUGUUUCUCAAUCCGGGUCGACCCUUGCAACGCCACCAUGGCUAUCAUUUUCCUCAGUAUGGGGUCAAUAGCCAACUCAUGUUUUAUCACUCAAAUUUGUUCGCAUGUUUUGGACAUAUGCCCAGAUAAGUUUUUCGUUGGCGCUGUGUUUUCGUGGGUCAAUAUGUUCGGAAUUAUCUGCAGCUUUAUCGCACCACAUGUCUCUGAAUUUUUGACCUCUGGGAACGUAUACAGCUACACUUCAUGGCAAAGAGUGUUUGACCUUUGUGGAAUUGUGAAUCUAGUCGGGGCUUUUGUCUUCACAGUGUUCGCCAGUUCAAAAAUGAUCUCGACGCGCACCAACUACCAGCCUAUUAAGUAAUAAAACAUCAUCAAACAAUGACCAAUUUUGAAUAUGUUGUACAGAAUGUUCCGACCAAACAGUUUUCGAAUUUUAGCUUCAAAAUUUUUAGAAUUAGGAAAUUAAAACCACUU